GGUUAGUUAUGCUCUCUUUCCCUUUAGAUUUUGGUAUUUAUUUUUUUGAAGUUUGUGUUUUGUAGGGUGCUAAAUAAUUUUUGUGCUUUUCUUGUUUAUGAGAGUUGUUGUGAGCUCAUAAAGAUUGGACCUUUAUGUCAUAAAACUGGUAUUAAUUCUAGGUUUUUUUCUUUCCCUUUAGAUAUUGGGACUUCUGCUGUGGUAUUUUUUCUUGGUUUAAAGUUUAUGUUUAUGGGGUGUUGAUAAUCUUUGUGGUUUGGAAGUUUGAAGGUUUUUGCUUUUCCUUUAUGGUGUAGCAUAUAUUGAAUUCUAGGAAGACCCAAUUAUUGGUUGUGUUUUUUUAGAAUGGGAUGACGUAAUCUGGAUUUUUUGGUACAGAAUAUCAUCUUGGUUAGUUUUGCUCCCUUUAUAUUUUGGUAUUUAUUUGCUUUUUUUUUUUGAAGUUUGUGGUUUGUAGGGUGCUAAAUAAUUUUUGUGCUUUUCUUUUUUGUGAGAGUUGUUAUGAGCUCAUAAAAAUUGGACCUUUGUUGUUAUGAGCUCAUAAAGAUUGGAUUUUUGUGUCAUAUAAUUGGUUUGAAUUCUAGUUUUUUUCCCUUUCCGUUAGGUUUUGAUUGCUUUUUACAGAAUGGGAUGAAGUAAUCUGGAUUUUUGGUAAAAAAUAUCAUCUUAGUUUUGAUUUUCUUGGUUAGUUUUGCUCUCUUUCCCUUAAGAUUUUGGUAUCUAUUUGUUUUUUUUUUUUGAAGUUUGUGUUUUGUAUGGUGCUAAAUAAUUUUUGUGCUUUUCUUGUUUAUGAGAGUUGUUAUGAGCUCAUAAAAAUUGGACCUUUGUUGUUAUGAGCUCAUAAAGAUUGGAUUUUUGUGUCAUAAAAUUGGUUAGGAUUUUAGGUUUUUUCCUUUCCCUUAGGUUGUGGGAUGAAAUAAUCUGGAUUUUUGGUAAAAUAUCUCAUCUUGGUUAGGUUUAUUCUCUUUCUCCUUAGAUUUUGGUAAUCUCUUUUAUUGUUUUUGAAGCUUGUGAUUGUGGGGUGCUGAUAAUUUUGUGUUUUGCUUGUGUCUGACCUCAUAAAGAUUAGACCUUUGUGUCAUAAAAUUGGUUUGAAUUCUGUUUUUUAUUUCUCUUUCCCGUAGAUUUUGGUACUUUUGCUGUGGUAUUUUUUCUUGGUUUGAAGUUUAUGUUUGUGGGGUGCUGAUAGUUUUUUUUGUGCUUUUCUUGUUCCUGAGAGUUGUUAUGAGCUCAAAAGAUUGUACCUUUUUGUCAUAAAAUUGGUUUGAAUUUUAGAUUUUUGAAGCUUGUGUUUGUAGGUGCAGAUGUUUUUUGUGCUUUUUUUGUUUUCGAGUGUUGUUGUAAGCUCAUAAACACUGGACAUUUGUGUCAUAAAAUUGAUUUGAAUUCUAUGUUUUUUUCUUCCCUUUGGUUUUGGUUGCUUUUUUGUUGAAGGGGAUGAAGUAAUCUGGCUUUUUGGUACAAAAUUUCAUCUUGGUUUUGAUUUUUUUGGUUAGUUUUUCUCUCUUUCUUUAGAUUUUGGUAGUUUUUUUCAUCGUCUCUUGAAGCUUGUGUUUGUGAGGUGCUGAUAAUUUUUGUGCUUUUCUUGUUUCUGUGGGUUGCUAUGAGCCUUAAAGAUUGGACCUUUGUGUCAUAAAUUGGUUUGGAUUCUAGGGUUUUGAAGCUGAUAAUUUUUUUUGCUCUCUUGUUUGUUGUUAUGAGCUUAUAAAGAUUGGACCUUUGAGUCAUAAAAUUGAUUUGAAUUCUAGUUUUUUUUUCCUCUCACUUAGAUUUUGGGACUUUUUCCCUGGUACUUUUUCUUGGUUUGAAGUUUAUGUUUGGUGCUGAUAAUCUUUGUGGUUUGGAGGUUUGAAGGUUUUUACUGUUCCUUCAUGGUGUAGCAUAUGGUGAAUUCUAGGAAGACCUAAUUAUUGUUUAAGUUUUUUCAGAAUGGGAUGAAGUAAUUAGGCUUUUUGGUACAAAAUAUAAUCUUGGUUAGUUUUGCUAUCUUUUCCUUUAGAUUUUGGUAAUUAUUACUUUUUUGUUGAAGCUUGUGUUUUGUAGGGUGUUGAUAAGUUUUGUGUUUUUCUUGUUUCUGAUGUUGUUAUGAGCUCAUAAAGUUUGGAUCUUUGCGUCAUAAAAUUGAUUUGAAUUCCAGCUUUUUGAAGCUGGUGUUUGUAGGUGCAAGAUGGUUUUUGUGCUUUUCCUGUUAUUUGUAGGUGCAGAGGGUUCUUGUUGAGUUGUAGUAGUUCUUGUUGUUUUAGGCAUUUCGUUCGCUUCUCGUGUAGGUACUUUUCUAGUUUGAUUGUGGAAAUAAGUGAGGUACCUUAUUUGCUAUGCUGUCUAUGCAUUUUCCUUUGAGGCAUAGAAGUGCUUGUUGUUGUAGGCAUUUCAUUCGCUGCUUGUGUAAGAAAAUUCUUUAGUAGAUCUUUAUCGGUACUUUUCUUGUUUGAUAUUGGAAAUAAGUCAGAUGCCUUAUUUGGUAUGCUGAUUGCUGACUAUGCUUCUUCCUUUGAGGUGGUAUUUUGCUGGAUGUUUAUGAUAACCUUGUCAGCAGGGGAAACUCUCUAUGCACACUUAACUCUAGAAAUUUUGCUUUUGAAGAACUUGGAUUUAUUCAUCUCGGAGAGUCAGUUUGGUUAACCAAGGUUUAUAGGAAACAACCUCUCUACCACACAAAGGUAGGGAUAAGGUCUCCGUACACCUCACUAGAUCCCACUUUUGGGACUAUACCGGGAUCAGGGCCGUCAAGAGAGCUAGGAGAUCAGAUUGGAGGAGGAUAUAUAUUGUUAUCAACGUAUAGGAGUUUAUAUAGGUAGCAUGGCUCCCGGAGGCAGCAAUUACCAAGAUAUUGGUGAUCCCCGAAGUGCAUAUGCUGAUUAUGGUAUUGCACCAGAAAGUGCUGAAUUCACGAACUCCCCUUUUAGAAAAUCUGCAGCUGUUAUCGGUGGGAAGCAUGGAGCGGGAUCUAAUAGUGCUGUUCAUGAGCUACUUGAAUGCCCUGUUUGUAUGAAUCCAAUGUACCCGCCAAUUCAUCAGUGUCCAAAUGGCCACACGUUAUGCGUGAAGUGCAAGUCAAAAGUACAUGUAUGUCCAAUUUGCCGCCAUGAGCUUGGAAACAUAAGAUGUCUAGCACUGGAGAAAAUUGCUGAGUCGCUAGAAUUACCAUGCCGAUACCAAAUUUAUGGCUGUCAAGAUAUUUUCACUUAUCAUACAAGGUUGCGACAUGAACAGAGCUGCAGAUUUCGACCAUACAAUUGUCCAUAUGCAGGAUCUGAAUGCGCUGUUACUGGUGAUAUUCAGUACCUCGUUGCACACCUAAAAGAUGAUCACAAGGUUGAUAUGCAUGAUGGGUGUACCUUCAAUCAUCGUUAUGUCAAGUCUAAUCCUCAAGAAGUUGAGAAUGCUACAUGGAUGUUGACAGUUUUCAACUGUUUUGGUCACCAAUUCUGUCUGCAUUUUGAAGCUUUCAACCUUGGUUUGGCACCAGUGUACAUGGCAUUCCUUCGCUUUAUGGGCGAUGAUGAUGAUGCAAAGAGAUUUAGUUAUAGUCUUGAAGUAGGUGGAUUUGGCAGAAAGGUAACGUGGCAAGGAGUUCCAAGGAGUAUCCGUGAUAGUCACAAAACUGUCCGAGAUAGUUUAGACGGGCUGAUUAUUCAAAGGAGCAUGGCACUCUUCUUCUCUGGCGGUGAUAGGAAGGAGCUGAAGCUAAAGGUAGCUGGGCGUAUUUGGCGAGAGCCAUUGUAAACUAGAUAUAUGCAUCUUCUUUCAUCGUGGGGAUGCCCAGAAAGUAUAGUUAGUUAUCGCUAAAAUUGGUUGGUGGCUUUAUUUUUUUGUUCUUGUAAAUGGUUAUGGCAAAAUCUGCGGAUGGUUCUCUACAGUAUCUGGUUUUUUGGAUCGAUCGUAUGGAUCGUAGUUUAGCUCAGCUGUGGAUCAUGUAUCUAAAGUUGAGGCAUUUAGGCUUUUCUGACCAGCCAUGUGAUAAACUAUCUGGUUGUUAGUUUCUCAUCUGUACUAUCUCUUGAAGCCCCUAAAAUUGUUUCUUUCUAUUCAAUAGUCAUUUUC